UUCCGGUGGUGAAUGUCCUUGUAGUGGAAACGAAAAUGGGGUACUGGGACCUACAAGAGGGUAAAGACUGCGUUGAAAAGACAUGGAUCACCACCAAAAUAGGCACUGCUAUAGGUCUUGUUGGUUCAGCGUAUCACAUCGUAGCGUUCCAGCCUGACUCUGCACUGGCAGCUCUGCAGAGGGCCACCAGCGGAACCGUCACCAUGGCCACACUGGGGGCUAUCUUUGGAAUGACAACAUGUCUCAGUGCUCAGGCUCGUGAUGCUCCAGAUGACCCCUUGAACUACUUCAUUGGAGGCUGUGCUUCAGGCGUGUUCCUUGGAGCCAAAACCCACAGUGGUCUAACAGGUACAUCAGCCUGUCUCACUCUGGGAACGGUGGCAAUGUUCACUAAGAUAGGCAAGAUGGAGGGAUGGAGGCUAUAUGGACCCCCCAAACUCUAAGGAAAAUGAGGAGGACAGAAAGAUGUGUACAUGCUGUAUGUUGAGUUUUACUGGAAUAAAAUCUUCUAAAAUGA